UUUGCGGUCCAGCGAGAAGCCCCGUUUUUGGUGUCCCGCGCGCGGGACACGAUUCGAAUAGGUGUCCCGCUCGUUUCUCCGAGGGUGAACAGAAGUGAUACAUACGCGACAGAAUAGGCUUAUCGAUCAUUUCGAAAAGCACUAGUAAGGAAUAUCACAUGGCGUCGACUUCAAGAAAUCCCCUCACGCUGACAGUCGUCGUGCAAACUUCAAUCAUCAUGUUGAACUUUUGCUUCGUUGAAUGCGCGGGCGUAACCUGUUUAAAUUUUGGACAUUCCUGUUGGGGAGCACACGGUAAACGCAGCGAUGUCCAAGAUGCGUCCGGCUUACGUGUCCUGGCAGCUAAGGCUCUGUUGAGCGAAUUUCCGCAAAACGGCAUCGCGUCCUCCUCCAAGGCGCAAUGGCUUCUAUCCCGUUUGGUUGCCGGUCAGCCCGUGCUACCGGAUAAGUAUCGCGUUAGAUGGAACAACAUCCCUAAAGGUAAAACAUACGUCCCGGCAAAGUGGGAGCGCGACACCACGUCCACGGACAAUGAGAAUCUCGAAUCAAUCAGAGUUCCAAUUGACAACGCAAACGAAAAAAAAGUGAACAAUGCCAAGGGUACGAUGUGCAGUACGAAUGAGAAACCCGAGAAAAACAUCGCGGAGAUCUUGUUGGUUUCGCCCGAUGAAUACGAAAAACCGAUUAAAAACCUUCAAAAUUUCGACAUACUGAAGUUCCUGGUAAACUUUGUGUUUUCAUCAGUCCUCGAUAAAUUUGUCGAUAACAUAAUCGUCAGUCUCUACCGAAUAUUAACGAUUAACGUUUUUCUUCGCCCACAGAAUAUGAGGAAUGGGAAAAUGGAAUAAAAGACUGCAAGACACCGCGAUGAGUGAGCAAAUUCUCGAGAGAGACACCACCGAAGAGUGAUAACAAUUCUCCGCACAAAAAUGUGUUUUCGUAUUCAUCUCUAUUAGCAUUUCAGCCGUGAACAAGUUCUUAUUUGCAAUUAGAAAAUUAGACUCUUCUCUGAUGAAACUCUCGAUGACAGCAAUUCUGUUGAUUGAUAUGGCACAAUCAUGUUAAAUAUUCAACAACAACGCACAUAAUUCUAUAUCGAUUCUCAUAGAAUUCUGUUUCAAUUAGUGCGAAAAUGUAUGUGCAUACCCACUACUAUAGUGUCUUUAUCUCUGCGAAAGCUUUUUACUUCCCUCCAACUGAGACUCUGUAAAGCUUACCGAAUAAAUCUGAAGUAUUGAUUUUAUAUUAAUUUAUACGAACAUCAGUCAGUUGUGGGCGGAAUUAAAACCGCGUGUGCUUCGAGGAAACCCGAAAGCGCGUAUCGCUAAAACAGUGCGACGGUGUAACGGUUUACAAGUAUUUCAUUGCGACGAAUGAACAACGUUGAGUACGUAGAAGAAAAUUAGAAAAUAAAAACUGUUAUCACUAAAAGCAAUCGUAUAAAGGAAAAGAAAAUACACGCCGAAUAUGUGUAUCAGCAUUUUGU